GUGUACUUCAGAAAAUGUGAAAAAAUAAAUUGCGUGUGUUUUGACUUCGUGACGAUUCGUCAGUUUUUCUCACUUUAAUCGGAAUAAAUUGUACUAUUUUUUGCCGAAAAAUAGUCGAAACUGUGCCGAAUAAAAUAUGGAACCGUUUGCAUGUUUUAUGGACGUUGAAAAUUCUCGGUCCUACAUUGACGAGUUAUACUCGGAAGAUGCGUACAAGUGUCAGGAGGCCAUAGUAUGCCUGAAGAAUGCCGUCAUUGGAUCCAACAAGAAAAAAGGUUCCGUCAUUUCUCAAGGCAUCGUCCCGAGGUUGAUUUCCCUGCUCCGUGAUGAAACCAAAGCACCCAACUUACGGCUAGAUGCGGCUAUCGUUAUCGGCUCUUUAGCCAAAGGAACAGAAUCUCAGGUUCACUCUCUUAUUUACUAUGAGACCGUUCAAGUACUGUUAGGAAUUGUGGUUAAUCCUAACACCGAAAGGCGCCUUAUGGAGACCUGUUUGGGUGCCUUGAAAACCGUCCUUCAGUACCCGUUUGCUCCGAUCGAAUUGCUGCAUUCAAACAUUGGAAAUCUAGUUAGGCUGAUCCAUCUUGCCUGUCCGGAAAGCUCUAUUCAAUGCCAGGUGUAUGUUGCAAACAUUUUCGUGCCACUAUGCCAUUCGUCCCACCAGCAGAAAAACCUCUGUCAGGCCAAUGUGAUUCCUUUUCUUGCACGCUUGAUGACUUGUCAACUCACUAUCCUUCAAGUACCUGCCCUCAAGUGUCUCGCGGCAAUGUGCUUCACAAAUAAGUACGUAUCCGACAUAGUGUGUUUGACUUGCCAUGAAAAUCGCUCGAUAUUGGACAUCUUGACGGAGCUUCUCUCGAGAACGCGGGACGUUCAAAUUCAGUUGUCUGCCAGCCGUUGUUUAACCUAUUUGCAUCGGUCCGGUUCGCUUCGGGCGGAUGACUAUAGAAUCGUCUACAAAACGCUACCGAGUUUGGCGCGGCUCUGUUCGGUAGACUUUGAAGAGGAAACCCGUGCAACGGCCGCCGAAACGUUGGCAUACUUGGCUGAGAUUGACUCCGAACUGCAGCGUUUGGCAGCCAUCAGCAACCAUUUGAUAUGUUCGCUUGCCAGCCUGAUCCGAUGCCCGUCGCCACUGUCGCGUCAGGGUGCAUUCCGAUGUUUUGCAUCACUGGCCGCCAACGAUGAAGACAUUCGGAAACGCAUCAUCGAGAUGGAAGGACUGAUGGAGGAAGUGCUGAACGGACUGAAAGAUACAUGCCCAGAGGUACGAUUAUCUGCUGUCCGGUGUCUUCACUCUUUGUCGAGAUCGGUCCAACUACUGCGGACAACGUUCCAGGAUCAUUCGGUGUGGCGCCCGUUGAUGGACUUGCUCGUUGGUGAACCUUCUCUUGAACUGUUAACCGUUGUAACUUCGACUAUCUGCAACCUGUUGUUAGAAUUUUCUCCCGCCAAGGAACCCAUGCUCGAGUCAGGUGCAGUGGAAAUGCUUAGCGAACUGACGAAGCAUAGCGACCCAGCACUCCGGUUAAACGGUAGCUGGGCACUUAUGAAUAUGGCUUUCCAGGCCGAACAACACGUCAAGUCAAAAAUCAUCAAUACGUUAGGUACGGAUCGAAUAUUCCAGCUUUUGGGCGAUGCGGAUGAGCGAGUGAUAAUGAAAACCUUGGGGCUGUUGAGAAACCUGCUGAGCAAUACUCUGCACAUCGAAAUCAUCAUGUCGGAGCAUGCGUCGGAGGUGCUACGGGCGGUAAAUCUAGUCCUGGAUGGACCCCAUCCGCCUGAAGUGAAGGAACAAGCUUUAAUAAUUAUAAGUAACAUAACGGCUGGUGCACGUGACAAAGAUUACGUACUCGAGGAUGAAAAUAUUCUUAAGAAAAUAAGAGAGUUUCUCGUCGUGUCCGACAAUAAGCUACAGAUGGGAGCGGUGUUCGUAGUGCGAAAUCUCAUGGAUAAAAGUGGAAGGCAAAAAAUGCUGCGGGAAUCGGGUAUUCUAGAAAAUUUAGAGCAACUACUACAUAUGACACCCCGUGAUUCGCAAUUCUACGAAGACAUACGGCAGGAGAUUUUAAGGUUCGACUUCUCGGAUGAGCACUGAGUUGUCCCCUUCUAGUGUUUAUCACUGCAACCACCACAACCACCACCAACACCACUACCAUCAUUAAGUCGUCGUGGAUCCAUUGUUGACCUACCUGUUGUUUGCAACUGUUGGAUCAAUGGUUGAAAGUAUCUUCUUCUAUUGCUGCCACUAGUUGUGCCAUUUAUCGCAGCUUGAAUCAUCCUCAAUGGCGAAGAAAAAAAAAGAAUAAUAAGAUGUCACUACGAUCCGUAUCCGUGGUGUCCCGGAAUCUACCAAAGUGUUGGAAAACUUUGGAAUUUUCGUAUGGCACGAGAGGAGAUUUGGCAGCAAUGUUUGUUAAGUUUAUUCUAAUUUUAUUAAUUUAUUUAGUAACUGUGAACAAACAUAACACGUGACUAGGCUGGCACGGGAGGCGCAUUUUGUGCGGUUUAAGACGAUUGAAGAAUGCUUGAAUGCUUCAGUUUAUAUUUUUCCUCCAAGUUUGCACUGCGGAACGAUUCUGAGACCGACCUCUAAUCAUUAUUGCUCUCUCGUCGUCAGACCGAUAUGUUAUAGAAAUACUUUGUAAAUUGACACACAAAUUGUACAUAUUUUCAACUUCAAUUCAGUGUAACUCAGAAACUUAGACUGGAAAGCAGAAACUGAGAGUUUUUGCUGUAAAAUCACGUACUGAUUGCUUGUACUUGUAAGAAUGAAUGAGAAUAGGAAUGCUAUUCAGAUAGUAGGGUACCUAAUACCCUAGAAUGCGCGUAAACCAAGCAGGUAGAUUCUUCCAACGUAAUGAAUGAAAUGUAAGCCACCAACAAAAGCAAGGUGUCAGAAGGCAUUUAGUAGAGACCACACCAGUUUAGAAUUGUUUAUUUUUUUUCAACUGUGGAAUAGACUAUGCGUAUGCCAAAAUAAGUUAUGUCUGCAGUACUGUUUUCCGCGUUAACUAACCUACUCCAGCUAUAGAACGAUUCUCGAGGUCCCACAAAAUUGUAGAUAGUCUUACAACAGCAUGUAUAUAAUGAAAUUAGUUAUUUGUUUAACUUUCGAGGCUGAAGUGUAUAAGCUUCUAAAUUCUUUGAUAUUCCUGUUCGGCCAAGAUCCAAAAUUAUAGGACCACAGAGAUGAGAUAUAAAUCCAGUGAUCAAAUUA